CUUUCUUUGGCGGGAUUUUGAUUCCGUUUGUUGAUUGCGAGAUAUGUGUAGCGAUUUUAAAAAUUCGCAAGAAUGGAUUACAAUCAGGACAAAUGAUAGUUCAUCCGAAAACAUCACAGCAGCAAGUGCGGAUCCUGGACCGAGCACGAAGACCAAAGAUCCAAACCCAGAAGCACCAUGUUCCUCCACAGGAAGUCGUGGAACUAGUGAGACUGCCGCAGCUUGCUCUGCGAGUUCAAGCUCGUCUUGUUGUCGUAUCUGCCAGGACAAUGGAGAAACUUCUGAACCAUUAGAUACAAGCCGGUGUGGCUGCAAAGGUCAACUUGCCAGAGUUCACCGUAGUUGUUUGGUGGAAUGGGUUCGAUACAAAGGCUCGAACCAUUGUGAGAUUUGUUGCAGGACGUUCCGGGGUGUUUCACCUCCGGCAAACUUACUGGGAGUAAAUCAAAUCGAGGCUCUGGAGGCACUGAGACAACAGUUGUUACAGUUUCAACCGCUGUCACACCGGAAACGUACCGCUCUUCUCGGUGUUAUCAUCUUUCUCCUUCUGAUAACCGGCCUGACGGGAAUCCUGACAUUUGGCGCCGAUAAGGAGUUUCAAGAAGUUACAAAAGAUCCGUCGGCAACAAACCACGAACUGAAGAAAGCGCAUAUCGUAUUUUCUAUUUGUCUGUCAUUUUUGUUUUUCUCUGUUACGUUAACACUUGGAUUAAUAUUGUUAUGGGUGGUUAUAGAACUGUUUUUCUACAUUCAACGGCGGCGAAUUUUGCAGCAAGCUGUUCAAAGAAUGGCGGCAGAUCUACGGCGGCGUCAGGCAGCGGAACAAAGUACGUCAGUGUGAAUCGAUGGAAUGGACAAAGGGGAAUAUGUGCAUUGAAAUAUGAAAUUCUGGUAAAAGCGUGGCAUCUUUGGAAAAGAAAUUGAAAAUGCUUUACUACGAAUGUGAAAUAAAAAAAAAAACAUAUCCUUCUU